AUGCGCAAGAAGCUGGAGGCUGAAGGCUACUCGGUGUCCCAAUACACGUACCCUCCAGGCACCUACUUCGCUCCACACACGCAUAAGGUGGAGAAGAAGGACGCGGUGGUGUCUGGUCGCUUCAAGAUGACCAUGUUUGGCAACACAUUCGUGCUUGAGGCUGGGUACUGCCUGCUGGUCCCCGCCGGAGCCCUCCACACCGCCGAGGUGGUGGGCGAUGAGCCUGUCGUGUCCCUGGACUCGAAAAAACACUGA